AUGCACGCGAAUACAUGCAAGUACCUUCACAUACACACGAAAUGGAGUGACUUGCUUGGUCAUUUGGUUGGUCGUAUGGUUGAUUCUUGGUUGAUCUUGGAAUCUGAUGGUGUGCUCUUCCUGUGGUCCUGCGAGUUCCAACCGCAUCCAGUACCACAUCAGCAGAUUCCAAUCGAAAAAACCAGAGAAGGUCUUGAAACGCUGGGAUUCCCUGGAGAUUUGCAGCGACGUCUUCGAAGGCUUGUGAUUUUUUGCUUGUCCUGUGUGGAUCUGCAGGAUGAGAAACUGUCGGUAGUGCUGGAUUACCUCAAAGAAUUGCUGCAAGGAUUGGAUGAUGAACGCAGACCAUUGGCAGAGAGGCAAUGGUAUCGCUUGCAUUCCAGAGUUUAUGAUGUUUAUGGCUAUGGAGAUGGGCUUUGUGACUGUGCUGAUGGCCAAGAGGCGAAGACGAUUCCAACACCCAAACAGCUGGUUUCACUGCACUGCAGGGUGUGA